AGUUAACCCGGUCCCCAGCCCAGUUAACCCAGUCCCCAGCCCAGUUAACCCAGUCCCCAGCCCAGUUAACCCAGUCCCCAGCCCAGUUAACCAGGUCCUACUCCCAGUCCAGCCAGUGCUCCCAGUCUUCAGUCUUUCCUAAGUCCCAGACACUGACAGAGGCCCACAACAUCAAUGCUGCUGUCCUCAGUUCUGGGGUGCUCUGUCUGCCUGGAACAAGAGAUAGGGGAGGUCGAGCCCUGGUGACCGUGACCACAAGGAACACCGGCUGGUUGAACCCCAGCUGUAACUGUGGAGAACUGGUCAGAAUCCUGGUCUACUACUACACAAUGCUCAGGAAGGAGGUGCGUUCCCUAGGGUUGACAGUCCUGGUGGACUCCCGGCGGUGCUCCCCUGUCCCCGCUCUGUUCAGUGCCUUCAACAUACUUCAGGAUGCUUUGCCAGGCUGUAUCUACACUGUCCUGUUACUGGCUGAUAGAGACCUGGUUCUACGCCUGGAGAAACCCUCAGCCGUACAGGUGGAGUUGUUGACCUCUCUGAAGUCUCUCUAUAAGCAUGUGGAGGUGUCUCAGCUGCCUACUGAGUUUGAUGGAUCCUUCCCCUUUUCACACAGCGCCUGGGUCUGCUUCAGAACGAGACUGGAACAGCUAACCAGUCACUGUGAGGACGCUGUCAACCUUCUGCAGAGUACCAUCACAGGUCUGGAGUCUGCUGUCCUGCCUGCUACUGCUGAGGAGGCCCAGGUGUUACUUGCCAGGUACAGGGGUGUGAUGUGCACCGUCCUGGAGGACAGCCGAUUGGCUAGAUUACAGCUGGAGGGCGGAGCCAUCCUGUCCCGCCUCCGUAAAGAGGAAACCAGUGUCAGCCUCAGAGAUGACUACAGAGAUGCCGUGGAGGUUGUGGCUGGUCUGUAUGAUCAGGUGGAUGAGCUGGUUCACAAGCUGGUGAUGCUGUCCAACCAACGCACUCAGGAACUGGACUUUAUCAUGGAGUUCAAGAGUCUGGAGCAGGGAUUCAAGGAGGAACACUGUAAGGGAGGCGAGGCGCUGCUGAAACGUCUCGAACGUUGGGAAGACUUGUCGUCAGCCGAGCUGCAGGUGUACGAGGUCAAAGUUCGAUCCUUCUGGGUCCACCUGCACGACUUCUCCCAGAGGGUAGAAGACACCAAGACCAACAUCGACAAGACCGUACGUCUCUACGAGUUCUUCGACAAGCCAAACCGACCGACAGCCCUGUGCUCUGACACGUAUUCUAACCCCUCCAGCCGAACCGACCGACAGCCCUGUGCUCUGACACGUAUUCUAACCCCUCCAGCCGAACCGACCGACAGCCCCGUCACAGAUCAGGGGAAAGUGACAGUUAGCGCUGAGGUGAAGGGAGGAGGAGGAGGAGGGUGUUUGUGA